AAACUGCUUGGAGGAGGACGUGAAGUUUAGUUGCCGCUGCCGCCGCCAUUUUGUGCUGAGGGCUAUCGCUGAGCUCUAGCCACCAUGGUGAAACUUUUUAUUGGUAACCUCCCCCGGGAAGCCACGGAGCAGGAGAUCCGCUCUCUUUUCGAGCAGUACGGGCGAGUCCUGGAGUGUGACAUCAUCAAGAACUAUGGCUUUGUGCACAUUGAGGACAAGACAGCGGCUGAAGAUGCCAUCCGCAACCUGCACCACUACAAGCUGCAUGGUGUCUGCAUCAAUGUAGAAGCCAGUAAAAACAAGAGCAAGGCUUCCACUAAGCUACAUGUGGGCAACAUCAGCCCCACGUGCACAAACCUGGAGCUGCGGUCCAAGUUUGAGGAGUAUGGCCCUGUGCUUGAGUGUGAUAUCGUGAAAGAUUAUGCCUUUGUGCACAUGGAGCGAGCUGAGGAUGCCGUUGAGGCCAUCAGAGGCCUUGACAACACAGAAUUCCAAGGCAAACGAAUGCGCGUGCAGUUGUCCACCAGCCGGCUCAGGACCGCGCCCGGGAUGGGAGACAAGAGUGGCUGCUACCGGUGUGGGAAGGAGGGUCACUGGUCUAAAGAGUGCCCAGUAGAUCGCACGGGGCAAGUGCCUGAGUUGACCGAAACUUAUAGCGAGCAAUAUGGAAUGGUGCGCACCCCCUACCCUACGGGCUAUGGGGAUCCCAUGUAUUACGAUGACCCCUAUGGAAUGGUGGACUACUAUAAACGGUACCGCGCGAGAAACGCUGCGGCAUAUGGGGCUUCUGCAUACGACACUUAUGCGGAGCACACCAUGGCCCAGUAUUCCCAGUACGCCCAGUACUCACAAGCCACAGCCAUGGCCAGUCGCCUCUCUACCACCUUAGACCCCUACGAGAGGCCCUUGCUGCCAACCUCGGGAACUGCAGCCGCGGUAGCUGUCGCUGCUGUGGCCGCGACGUCCUCAUUUUACACCCGGGAUAGAAGCCCUCUGCGUCGCUCGGCAGCUGCGGCUUCCACCGCUGGAGACGUGUACGGAUACGAGCGCGUUCAGCUGUCUCCCGUCCCGCGAUCCUCCCUCUACGAUGUCCAGCGUUUCGGGCGGGAUGCAGGCGCGGACAGGUUGCGAUACUCCGCGUAUUGAGUCUCGAGGUAGGCUAUUUGAGGGCUGGACAUCGGGCUCCUGUGGCGCGUUCACGUCAAAACUAUGCCAGGCUUCACGAUGUGUCGAUUUGUGUUUAGCAUGGUCUCAC